GGCGCCUGCGCCGAAGUACCGGCUUGCCUCCUCCUCGGGUAGGACUUUUUCCCCGCCUGCCCCCCUCGCCGCCAGCCCCAUCGCGCCGAGGGGUGAGAGCAGCAGCUGGGCAGGAGGGGGCUCCGCGGUGACACCUGCAGGGAGCUCUCGGCUGCGCUCCUCUCCGGGUGCCAGGUUUUGCAAGAGAGAGAAGAGAGGCAGGGCGGGGAGGACAUCUAUCUGCAAACCUCGUUUUGUGUGAGGAAGGGGUUGCAUUGAUUCGGGGGAGAAGGAAGGUAUCGUCCGAGCUAGCAGGGAAGAAGUCUUCCUCCCCUGCGGCGCCGUGAACCUGGGAGUGAUGGGACUUCAGUCUUCAUCUGUCUGAGUUGUGUCUUAAAAAAAACUUUGCUCCCAGGACCCCUGAGAACUCUUAAAUCAGCGUCCUGGUACAGCCAUGAAGAGCUCAGGGUUCACCAUGGCUAGCCUACCAUGCCUUCUCUUACUCCUGUGGUCCAUCAACGGUGUUCUACCUUCCAGUUCUCAUUGGAGGCCCACCUGGCCGGCCUACAGAGUCCCCGUCGUUCUGCCACAAUCAACCACUUAUUUGGACAAACCACAGUUUGAUGCCGAAGCUAAGCUGGAAGUGGUCUCGUCUUGCAGCCCGUCUUGCCACAAGAGUUCCCCGCUACCUACUUAUGAGGAGGUGAAGGAUUACUUGUCCUACGAAACUUUGUACUCCAACGGCUCCCGAACCGAGACGGAAGUCGGCAUCUACGUUCUGACCGGCGGCAGCGCCGGGACGCAGAGCAGAUCUCGGGCCAAGAGGCAGAUCUACGGAUACGACACGAGGUUCAGCAUUUUCGGCAAGGACUUCUUGCUCAACUACCCCUUUUCCACUUCUGUGAAGUUGUCCACAGGCUGCACCGGGACUCUGGUGGCCGAGAAGCAUGUCCUCACGGCCGCCCACUGCAUCCACGAUGGCAAAAGCUACGUCAAAGGGGCCAGGAAACUGCGUGUGGGGUUCCUGCGGCCGAAGCUGAAAGAUGGCAGCAAGGGGGCGAACAUCAGUAGCUCCCCGGAGCCGGAAAGAAUGAAAUUCCAGUGGAUCCGAGUGAAACGGACUCACGUCCCCAAAGGGUGGAUCAAAGGGAAUGCCAACGACAUUGGCAUGGAUUACGACUAUGCCCUCUUGGAGCUCAAGAAGCCCCACAAACGGAAGUUUAUGAAGAUUGGCGUGAGCCCGGCCGCAAAGCAACUGCCUGGCGGGAGAAUCCACUUCUCGGGGUAUGACAACGACCGGCCCGGGAACCUGGUCUACCGCUUCUGCGACGUCAAAGACGAAACGUACGACCUCUUGUACCAGCAGUGUGACGCCCAGCCGGGCGCCAGCGGCUCGGGAGUUUACGUACGGAUGUGGAAGAGGCAGAGCCGCAAGUGGGAGCGCAAGAUCAUUGGGAUAUUUUCCGGGCACCAGUGGGUGGACACAAACGGCUCCCCGCAGGAUUUCAAUGUGGCCGUUCGCAUCACUCCCCUCAAAUACGCGCAGAUUUGCUACUGGAUUACAGGCAACUAUCAGCACUGCAGGGACGGCUAAAGACAAUGGGCAUCCUUU